AGUAUGCAAAUGGUGGAAGAGAAAUAGAUCAGGAGCAAAAGUUCGGGAACAUCGUUGUGUGUGGAAUCACAGAGGAUCUGCCAGGGCCAUGGAGAGUGAAGCAGGCCUGAAAGCCAUCAAGGAUAUGAUCCAAAAAGGUUUUCAGUAAAAAUGGGCUUUCCCCUGGUCACUUCAACAUGAAGUUCUCGAACAAAGUGGAUGAAUACAGGGUGAAACGAAGGAAGAAGAUGAAAUUGCCAGGGACAAAACGCAGACGUCUUAUCCUAAAACAAGAAAGAGUAAUGCAAAUGAAUGCAUCCGAGGCAUCUGAGGGGUCCAUCUAUCAAUCAGAGAUUGGUUUAAGUACAGAGGCUGACAUUGAACAGAUUCCGGAUCCCAUUCCCAAGUCAAAUUUUGGUGCUGUCCAAAAGCUGAAGAACAUGGAGGCAAAGUACAUUAUAUUUGAUCUUGAAACUACAGGCCUUAUCAGACAAGGAGCUAUGCCUCACAUAACUCAAAUUGGCGCAGUCGCGAUAGAGUCUGGAAAUGUGUUUUCAACUUAUGUUCUGCCAAAGAUUCCAAUAGAGCCCGGAGCAGAAGAAACAACAGGAAUAGUCUGUGAUGGGACCUCUGUAUUUGCACAUGGAUCCAAAGUUACCGCAGUCCCCAUACGUGAAGCGAUAUUGAACUUCCUCAAGUGGCUAGGUACAUUUGGCAAAUAUGGAAUUAUACUGGUUGCUCACAAUGGCCGUGUGUUCGAUUUCCGUGUCCUUUCCCAUGCCAUUGACUGUAUUGGAUUACAGGAAGACUUUCUAGAAAUAGUGUCUGGUUUUACUGACUCGUUGUCUUUGAUUCGUUCAAAACAUAAGAAACUUGAAAAGUAUUCACAGAUUUUUUUAGCUAAGCACUUCUGUAAUGAGACUUUUUCUGCACAUGAUGCAGUGGAAGAUGUGAAAAUGCUCUCAAAAAGUUUUUCAGUUGUUGUUUCACAAAGUGAAUUGUCAAAAGCUGCAUAUGAUGCAGAAACCCCUUUUCUUCAAGAUAAGUUUAAUUCCGCAAAAACAUUAUAUCUACCAUCAUUGAAUAUUCUGGUUGGUAAUGGUGUUAUGAAAAUGAACAUGGCAGAGAAUGUUGCAGGCUCCGGACUUGGCCUGCAUCAUCUGAAACUAAUACAUAAGCGUUCUGGUGAAGAUGGUCUGCGCAAUAUUUUUUGUGCCCAAACCUCUCGUAGUAAACCACGAGUUACGAGUGACUGUAAGGUUUUGGAUUAUGUAGUACCUAAAUUAUGUCAGGUUUUUUUUCACGAUAGAAAUGUUGUCUUCUAUUACUUAGAAGUUACUUUAUACAAACUUGUACAGUGCAAUGAUGUGUCUUAGACUCGGAGCACGUUUAUGUUAAGUUUGUGAGUAAAAUGUCCAGAGUUUACACAUCGAUAAAUUCUUCAAAAAGAAUGUUUGAUUCUUAUAAUUCCAAUUUAUUCACUUUAUUAACAAUUGCAAAAAUUUGAAUAGUUUCCCCGCACUAUGUUAUUUGUUUUCAGGUGUGUAUGAAUACAUUGCGUUUUCAGAUUUAUUGAUGUGAAAACUCUUGUUCAGCUUUAUUUUUGUCCAAUCAAAACAAUUGUAAUAAAUAACAUUGGAAUUAUUUUAAAGUAUGUUUUAUAUGAUUAGAUGCCUAAAUUGUGCCAUUUUUUUAUCUGUUCAAAGCAUGCUGCUGACCAAGAAUUUUUAGUUCACCUUAGUCACUCUCAGAUGAACUAGUGUUGUUGGUCUUUGUUCGCCGCCAUGUGUUGUCGGCUAACAUUUUUACAUUUUUCAUUUCCUCUUGUAAACAUAUACUAGGCUAAUGUUGCCAAUAGGGCUGUAGAGUGAAAAUGUAUUAUAUUUGAUAAUUUUAUUAUUAUAUUGAAUCAAAUUAGAAAAUCUUUAUUUUCAGACAAGUGUGUGGAUAAAAUAAUCGCAUGGUCUAUGUAUGGGGUAUGGUACUCAAGUGAUCGUUAAGGCCUGUGAUUUGUUUAUUACAUGUGCAUGUAACCAAAUUGUCAUAAAUACUGGUAUUCAUUUUGUGCAUAUAUGUACAUGUGUAUCCUGAACCAGAAAAUCAUGAAAUUAAUCAUACAAUACAAUUGACACAUCUCGA